CAUGGGAGAAAGCAUCUGGUGUUUAUAUAUGACUGUCAAUUAAUGAAGUUUAUCGUUAUACAACCACUGUAGGCAUACAAUUAAAGAUAGCCAUUUGGCAGGCAGUGGCAUCGCUAGAGCUAGGGGUUGCGGCACAUGGUGCGGCGCCUCAACGCGUACAUCUCUGCGCGUCCUCUUUCUUGUGCUUGCUUUUAUCGCCAUCCGUAUUGAUUACGUGCAAAAGCGUAGAAAAACAGCCUUUCGAGACGUAUAAACGCGCUCAUAUUGAUAUUUGUAAACGGAAAAUCUCGUGGUCACAUUCGAAUUAUAAGCUUUUAUUUUUUACUUCCUAUAUGGCGCAUUGUAAUUUAGAGACAUAACAUUGCAUACAUUAAAAUUUUUGUCUCGCACAGUGUCACUAAGCGCUUGUCUUUCUCCACCUUUCUUGUGUCUGUGGUUUUUACCGCACUAAGUUACCAGUUCUAUUCAACCGAGUGACGCACUGAUAACAGACGGACUGACUCAGACUGACGGGUCAGUCCGAGUGAGUCAGAGUGAGUCGACUCAUUAAUGACUUUGCAGAUACAUAGUUAUGACUUCGCAGAUGUAUAGCUGCUGUUGGUGUUGCCCGGGCGCGCCACCACCUAAGGACUUUAGUCUAGUUUAAUGCCUCUCUAAGAAUGACAGCGGAAGUUUUCAGGCACUUCAGGAGCAGAUCUGCCGCAGCGCGGACUGAAGACACACGCAUGCACGUAUUUUGCUUCAUUCUUAGCUGGUUCCGCAGCUGAUUAAAAUCGUUCCCGCGCAGGGCUCACGUGGUAACCAUCAGCGGCUCUGUGAUGCUGUUCGUGCUCAUCUUUCUGCUGUCCGCGUACUUCAUGUGGCCGCGUUCCCGGAACACGAGGAGGAAGUCGAGCGGCGGGACUACGUCGUCGAACGCCGGCCGCAUCACCACGCACCGAACAUCCGCCUGCACCGACGCCGCACAGCUGAGCGUGUGGAUCGACAGCGGCGAGAUCCGGGGCUGGCGAAGUCAUGGCACCGUGGGCGCCGGCAAGAAGCAAGUCCGCCAGUUCUUCGGCAUUCCUUACGGCAGGUCGACGAGUGGCGUCAACCGCUUCAACUACGCCGUCGAGACCGACAUGCCUGGAACGUUUCAAGCCGACCAGCACGGGCCACAUUGCUUCCAGAAUUCAACCAAUGAGACCCUGCUUGACGAAAUGCGCGAGGAAUGCCUGACGCUUUCCAUCUGGACACCCUUCCUAUGCACGCGCGAAGAGUCGCUCAAGACGGUCGUGGUGGUCGUGUCGUCCGAAUGGUUCCAGACCGGACAUGUGUCCGACCACGAAAAAGCCUGCCGAGAGAUCGCCUCCGCAGACGUCGUCGUGGUGGCGAUCAACUUCAGGCUCGGCGUAUUCGGCUUCCUGCGAACCCCUUGGAUAGGCAUGCCGAGCAACGCCGGUUUCAGCGACCUCGUCAGGGCCCUGACCUGGCUUCGCACCAACGUCGCCGCCUUCCACGGCGAUCCCAAGACGAUGGUCGGCCUAGGCGUGGGCUCCGGCGGCGUGCUGCUCUCGCUGGAUCUGCUGACGCCCAACUUCCGGAUGGCGGCAUUCUUCAAGCGACUCAUUUUGCACGGCUUGGUGGCUGGGUCCUUGCUUCCUCGAAACAGAGGCAUGGACAACGCCAAGAUGAUCGCGGCAAACCUAAAGGAAUGCGCAGGCACGUCGAAAACCACCGAUGCGACCGCACUGCUGCAGUGCCUGAGGAAUGUGAGCGCGCGGACGCUGCUGGAGGCGAGCGCGACGAUGAAGCCGCCGCUUCGCUUCGUUCCGAACCUGGACAGCAACACCGGGUCGGGGCGUCCGUCUCUAGGCGCCGUCGCGCCGUGGAGCGCCCUGCCGUUGAGGCCGCUGAAAGACGUGAGCGUCCUGUGCGGUUACAGCAGGGAAGACGGUCAAGCGCUGUUCGACGACGAGAUAGCCAAGUCGGAAGGCAUCUCCGAGAGCACGCCACCCCGGCACGUGAUCGGACGCCUCGUGCACUUCUUCACGAUGCAGAGCGCGCCGACGCUGUUCGAGGAGUUACCCGAUAGCGCCGUGGAAUCGCUCGAAAAGAACGCGAUUUCUGGCGCCGUGGACUUUCUAGCCGACGCCGUCUACUACUGCCCUCUGGUGGAGAUGGCGACGGCUAUCACCAAGAUGGAAGGCGUUGCCUACGUGUACGGGAAUGUGAAACACCAAGUUUACAGACCCAUGAUGAACUUGAACUACACCAUCGCUUUCGCGAAGAGCGGGAAAGUGCCGUGGUCAGCCUUCGGCGACACCAAGGCCGUUUACGUCGACAACGGCACAGACCCCGACGUUUUCUUCAACUGGCGCUACGAGCAGUGCAGUUGGGUGCAGGAGCUGUCGAGGCGCUUGCAAGUGGCCGAGCCCAAAGCGCCCAAUACCACGGACUUUUGAUUUAGACGCAUCAUAAAAGGAAUGCAGCGCAGAGACCUUGACGAUAUCAUCGCUUUUAUAGGACUCAUGGAACUUGCUCGUGUGUCUAAGCGGGGCGCUUAGUUCUCGCGCUCAAUGACGAGAUGACAUUUGAGAUUGAGCUUUUGUGAAUCUAAACCAGGCUGGACUUCGCUCUAGGUGAAGCUACAUCGAUAAUCUACUGUUAACUCUCAAGCCCCUUUAGGUCGAGACACUGCGAUAUAGCUAUGAGCUUCAGUGCUCUCGUGUGGUACAAGUGCUUGGCCAACUACCAUACGAGUCACAAUCGGCUUAGUGACUCCAUAUCUGUUCAUGUGAGGAAUGUUCCGGGCUCUUGAGUUUCUUGCCUUUACACUUUACGAGUUGCUCUGAAAGUGAGCCAGAUGCACUGUCAAACCCAAAAUAGUUCGUAUUUUCAUUUGCUCUGUAUUCUUCGUGUAAACUCAAAUUUUUUGUGAACAUCCCCACGCUGUUGACGCGAUAUAUUUAGGUGAUUGCCUGCAGUGGCGUCGUCACAAACAAGACAGUAGCCAUUUAAAAACUGUGCACCGGCAUUAUUAGUGCUGCUGUCAUAUGUAGUGGUUCAAAACUUGUGUAUAGGUGUGUGUGAACGUAGCACGCCAAGUAGCACGCUACUUGUUACAGAUGAACAGAUGUAACAGAUGAAUACAUGGCUAUCUGAAAAGUAAAAGCAAAGGGCGCCGCCUGAGGCUCUUCUUUUUUCAUCUGUCUGCGAUUUGACGCACGUCAUGAUAAUGCCCGGUUGCAUUAACAUAGGAAUGUGGACGUCCAUGCCCCUAUCUUAACUCGUACGUUUUUAAAUAUCUCCUUCCCCUCUGGUUAACCUGCUUGCCUUUCCCCUUUCCUCUUUCUCUGUCUUGCAAAUCCCAC